UUAUAGCAUGCAGUAAAAAUUUUAUUGCUUAUUUUUUGCAACUUAAUGCACAAUUCAGAAAAAGGACACGCAUCAAAAUUGACGCGGUAAUUGGCGCACACGCUAUAAUUGACACACGCGGCAUUAUGGCGCGAAAUUCUGCACGCAAGUGUAACGUGUCAUAUACCACAUGACUAAUACCAUUUUGCGCAGUUGCGCUGUGAGAAUGUAGAGGGAAAGCACGGAAGGUGCUGGUGCGCAAUUGGCAAAGUGAUACAAGGUGACCCAAGUGAUGGAGAGCUGUGUGGAAGCCAGCAGUGGCAGAGGAAAAAGUGGCAAAAAGGAGGGAACAGCAUGGUAGGCCACAGGAGUCUGAGAAGAGGCACAGGCACCCUGGAGGAAGCCUACAGGAACCAGGCAGGUUCAAUGUCAGAACCCACACCACCAAAGCUGCAGAGGAAGGGACAGCAACCCACACCUGCAAGUAUUCCCGCUUCUGCUUGUCACACAGCUCCAGCAGUGACACUGAGAAAGUGAGGUCUGGCUUCAUCAGCAGCCCAGAUGUGUCGGAUGUGGAGGGCACUGAUCAGCCACAGGAAGCCAGUGGAGAGGAAAGAGAGGAGCUUCCACCCCCCUCAUCACCAAAAAGGAGCCACAAAGGAACAGCAGGAGAGCAGGCUGCGAAACCUGAAAUUCUCAGAAUUUGAGAAUGAGGCUUUGGUGGAGAGGAUCAUGCCGGUCUUCCACAAGAUAAUCGGCAAAUAUCCCUUCGAUUCCCACAGGAAUGUCGGCAAAGGUAGGUGUAAUGACAUUAAUACAAGUGUAAUUACUAUUAAUGUAAUCCAAUGUUUUCUAAAACAGAUUCAUCCUUACCACCACCUGGCAAAAGCAGACGCAGACAAUCGUCAUCUGCUCCCAUUCCAGGUGGUCACAGACGCUCCACUGCUCCACUCCCCACAAUGCGAUCCUGCAAUUGUAGUGGAUGUAUCAAGUAACGUGGCCUUAUUUUCGAAUGAGGAGCCAGCACACAUUCCCCAACAGCAGGUCACACCUCUUGCCAGAACCAGCACAGCUAAUGUGCCCCCCAAAGAACCUGAGAAGGAUCGGUUCCAUAGAUCCCUUAGACGCCACAACAAAUCAUUAAUGAAAAAGUUGGACACAUUGCAUGUGGACUUGUGUGUGGCCACUAAUGCCUACAAUGUGAGUCAGGCACGCCAAGCUGUGCACGAGGCUGCCAUGUUAAGCCUGCAAGAGGAGCGUUUACAAGUCCAACGUGAAAAAGUGGCAUUGUUGGCUAAGCAAAAUUCUCUUCUAGAGAAACAAAUUGCAUUGCACGAAAAAACCCCAAAAGGAAAUUCAGCCAACAUGCUCUACCACUAGAGAUAGUGAUGAGAGUUCAGCUACCUCUCCUGCAGCUCCCACUAGGCAGCUUCGUAAAAGAAAAUAAAUGUGCCACAUUAGGGAUCUGUGGAACCUAUCUUUU